GCUCUGAAAAUGUCAGCUUCCUAUGUUUAUGAUGUGUUCUUGUCCUACAGGGGUGCUGAUACUCGCAAAACAUUUGUGAGCCACCUCUUGGCCGCUUUGAAUCGUCGUGCUAUUUACACAUUCAGAGAUGACUAUGAACUCAUAAGAGGAAAUGAAAUUGGUACAGAUUUGCUGAAAUCAAUCGUCGAAUCAAGGGUUUCGAUUGUCGUAUUCUCGAAAAACUACGCAUCCUCAAAAUGGUGCCUUAUGGAGCUUGUGAAGAUCAUGGAUUGCAGGAGAACACUCAAUCAGAUUGUUAUUCCCAUCUUUUAUGACGUCGAACCCUUUGAAGUUCGGAAACAGAAGGGUUGUUAUGCAAAAGCAUUUGCCCAACACGAAACGCUGUUUGACUUGGAAUCGGUGAAGAAUUGGAGGUCGGCUUUACGUGAGACUAGCAAUAUUGCCGGUUUUCAUAUCGCCGGAGACCGGCCGGAGUCGGAGUAUAUUGAGAUGGUUGUUGUAAAAGUGGCAUCCUCGCUCGAGCAUCUCAGAGUACGCAAUUGGAAUGCAUCAUCAUCACGUUCAAGAACUGUGCGCAAUAUAAAGUCUUGGCAGAAGGGUGACUUUCUGGGAAGUGGAUCAUUCGGAACAGUGUACCAAGGUUUCACUGAGGAUGGAUUCUUUUUUGCUGCAAAGGAGGUUUCUUUGCUUGAUCAAGGAAGUCGGAGCAAGCAAAGCAUUUGUCAACUUGAACAAGAGAUUUCUCUCUUAAGUCAAUUUGAACAUGAGAACAUAGUUCAAUAUUUUGGUACAGACGAGAAGGAUGGCAAGCUCUAUAUCUUCCUUGAGCUUGUAGCUGAAGGUUCGCUUGCAAAACUCUAUCAAAAGUAUCAGCUGGGGGAUUCCCAAGUUUCUGUAUAUACAUGGCAGAUUUUGAAUGGUUUAAAUUACCUUCACAGCCGAAAUGUGGUUCACGGGUGAUGCAUAUAAUUUUUCCUUUGUCUCCCUAGACUUCAUGUUGGAAACUCAUGCUAUUUUUGUCCCCACAACUCAUGCUUAUUUUUUUACAAUAAUGUUCAAUCGUAUGAAUGCAUUUUGUAGCCUGGCCUUUUUUUUUUUUUUUCCCCCCUUUUUGUUUGAUUCCUUUUCUUUUUUCCUUGCCUGUUCCUUUUUUUAAGUUAAAAUGCUGUAUUCAAUAUGGGAACCCUUUGCUUUUUAGAUGGAUAUUUGAUUGAUUCUAUUUUGUGGUGGCACUAUUGUUAAAGCAAUAAUGUGCAGUUAUGGAAGAAGAUAGUACAAUUGUUCUCAGCCAGCACCUUUCUUUUGUAAUAUUCAAUGUUGUUUUGGUAAUAGCAGUGGCCUUUAUAUAAUUCCAUGCACUUCUCGGGCUCAUGUUAUAUUUAUAAGAGAGAAAGUGAGGUAUUGAGAGUGGUAGGAAGAAAAAAAAAGAAGGGAAGAAUCAAAGAGAGAGAAGCAAAUUACAAAACAGAACAGAACUCUCAUCAUGUUUAACCCAUAA